CGCAAGCAGAAGCCCGGCCUGCUGUCCAACCCGCUGCGCGUCUUUUCCACCCUGACAGGCUCCUCCUCCUCCUCCUCCGCCGCCGCAGCAGCCUCGCCGCCUCGAACGCACCAGCGCCCGCCCAAACACCAGCAGUCCGCCUCUCUGUCCUCGCUCACCAGCCUCUCCGGGUCGCUGCGCGAACACAUCUUCGGCAGCGCAACGCCCGCCAGCUCGAAGGAUGGCCUGGCCAACGACUGGUACGCCGAAGGCCCCGGGCGCCGCGUCGGCUACGAGGACUUGACGGCCAUCGACUGGAUCUUUGAGUAUACAAAGGAGCGUCAGCGCCUGCGCGUGCUGGCGUCGAGCUCGGGCGGCGGCAUCAUCGGCUAUGUGCGACACCUGCUGGACGCCAGCCAGGUCUGGAUCGUGCUGCUGCUGACGGGCCUCGCCGUGGGCGUCAUUGCGGCGCUCAUCGAUAUCACCACCGACUGGCUCGGCGACGUCAAGCUGGGCUUCUGCACCAGCGGGCCCGAGGGAGGGCAUUUCUACCUCAACAAGAACUUCUGCUGCUACGGGUACGACCAGGGCUCGAAAUGCGCGGGAUGGAGGUUCUGGAGCGAGGCUCUGGGCAUCCACUCGGCCGGAGGCAAAUGGUUCAUUGAGUACUUUUUCUUCUUGGCCUUUGGUGUCCUAUUUGCGUACUGCGCGGCGUUGCUGGUGCAGGAAUAUGCCAUCUAUGCGAAGCACAGCGGUAUCCCCGAGAUCAAGACCGUCUUGGGAGGAUUCGUCAUUCGCAAGUUUCUCGGUCCUUGGACGUUGGUGACAAAGUCCUUUGGCUUGGUCCUUGCUGUGUCUUCGGGCAUGUGGCUGGGAAAGGAGGGCCCUCUGGUGCAUGUAGCCUGUUGCUGCGCAAACCUCUUCAUCAAGAUAUUCCCCAAUAUCAACAACAACGAAGGCAGGUAG